AUGAUUCAAGACGACAAACAUGUCACAAAUCCCAUUUUCAGAGACUUACCAACUAAUGUCAAUGAAUGGAAAAAACAAUUGUAUUUGCAACAAUACAAUGAGAUAACAUGUUUAAGACCAGAUUUUAACCUCAGCGAUUUCAAUAGCCCAGCUGAUGACGAUCAAAAAUUAUCUCAAGUUUUAGAGUAUGUGGAUGGUUUUGAUUCUGCUAGUACUUCCACUGAAAAAAAAAUGAUAUUACAACAAAUAUCACUGAAAAAAAAUACCAAUGAAGAAGAAGAAACAGUUGCUUCCAGUUCAGUGGCAAAAUACUGGCCAAUAUUCACUGCUGGCGCAGGUUUAUUUUCAGAUGGGUAUAUUAAUUCAUCUAUCGGUACUGUGUCAUUAUGCUUAUCAAAAAUUUAUGGUGACACAUAUUCGGAGUCUACUGCAAUUCAAAAUGUUUCUUCGAUUGCCUUCGCUGGUACUGUCGUUGGUCAAUUACUAUUUGGUUAUCUGUCAGAUAACUAUAACAGAAAAUUUUCUAUGUUAUUAGGGACAUCAUUGUUAAUUUUAUUCUCCAUAUUAUGUGCUGGUGCAUGGGGUGUUCAUACCUCAGGAACAGAACCAGGUGGGCUAUUCGCAGCAAUCACAGCUUAUAGAUUCUUUUUAGGUAUUGCAAUUGGUAGUGAAUACAGUAGCUCUUCUCCAGCAGCGGCAGAGGCUUCUAACCUGUUACCAAAAGAGAAAAGAAAUAGAUAUUUCAUUUGGUUUACUAAUUUCAUGAUUGAUUUUGGUUUUGUAAUUGCUGCAUUUGUUCCAUUGGUUCUUGUUUGGAUUUGUGGCGAAAAGCAUUUAACCCCAGUUUGGAGAAUUACAAUUGGAUUAGGUGCCAUCCCACCUUUUUCUUUAUUUUUUAUGAGAUUAAAGUAUAAAGAAUCAGAAAGAUUCAAUAAAUCAAAAUUUCAAAGCCAUCCACCAUAUUGGCUAGUCAUUAAAUUUUAUUGGUUCAGAACUCUAGUUAUUGCGACGUUAUGGUUUAUUUAUGAUUUUUCAGCAUACUCUUUUGGUACUUAUUCUUCAAUUAUUAUUGAUCAUGUACUUGGCAAAAAUCCACCAUUAUACCAAACUUUGGGAUGGAAUGUCGUUUUCAAUGUUUUUUACUUACCAGGUGCAUUUUUAGGUGCAUACUUUGCUGAUUAUUUUGGUACCAGAAACACUUUAGCGGUAUUCCUGGUAUUGCAAGGAGCAGUGGGAUACAUCAUGGCAGGUCUAUUGGAGCAUUUAAAGAAACACAUUGGCGGAUUCGUUGUGAUCUAUGGUAUAUUUUCUACGUUAGGUGAAGUGUCUGGUGGCGACAACAUUGGCUGUAUUGCUUCCAAAUCAAAUGCCACCCCAGUCAGAGGUCAAGUAUAUGCUGUAAGUGCUGCCAUCGGCAAAGUUGGUGCCUUCGUUGGUAGUUAUGUUUUUCCUGACAUCAUUAAAAAUGCAGGUGGAUAUGAUACUACUAAAGGGUUACAAGCUCCAUACUUAGUUUCUUCAUCAUUAUGUAUAUUUUCUGCAGUAUUAGCAUACUUCUGCUUACCUCCAUUAGAUCCUCAAAGUGUUGUUGAUGAGGACAUCAAAUUCAUUGAAUAUUUAAAAAGUCAAGGCUAUGACAUCUCAAAAAUGGGUAAUAGCCAAGAACCUACCAGUCGUUCUAGGCGUACUGAAUUAUUAGAAAAGAUCUAA